AAAAAUAUCUACUAAUUAGACCAAACAAAUGCUUGUGUGCACAAAUAAUUGAAACCAACAUGAAAUAGUGAGUAGUAGUAUUUUAGUAAUUCAGCAGAAAGACAAGGCUAACUAUCACAUGACACCAUAGCUGGCAGCAUAUGAAUCCUAUACAUUCUCAUCCACUGAGCCUGUCAUAAAAAGCUACUUAAUUUGCCUCUUCUAACUGCCACUCUCUUACCCCCAUUAUUCACAUUUCACACCCCCAAGAAUAAUGGAACAGAGAACAAACUCUUCAACAUCAUCAUCAUGGUUUCUUCUAUUCUCAAUUCUUUCUUGUCUUUUUCUCUUUAAUUUCUUAGGAUCUGUUGGAGCUUACAAAAAUUACACAGUUGGAGAUUCUUUAGGUUGGUUUGACAAUCUUGAAAAACCUACUGUUAAUUAUCAGAAGUGGGCUGCCAAGAAAGAAUUCAGCUUGGGAGAUUUUCUAAUUUUCAACACAGACAAUAACCACUCUCUUGUACAAACAUACAACUUCACCACAUACAAACUAUGUGAUUAUGAUGAUGCACAAGACAAAGACACAGUCCAAUGGUCAUCUGCUGAUCCAUCGAACACGGGGAUACAACCGGUGACAGUGGCGGUUCCUUUACUGAAGGAAGGAGCGACGUAUUUCUUCUCGAGUGAUUAUGAUGGCGAACAGUGCAAAAAUGGACAACAUUUCAAUAUAAAUGUGACUCAUGGACAAGGGUUGCCGAAGAGUCUUCGAUCCUCCGAUGAUGCUCCAUCCCCUAUUAGUCCAAUUUCCGGUGAUGACGAGUCAGCACCAGACACAAAUGUUCCUUCCAAUUUCAAUAAUCCUAAGGAAGACAAAGACGAUGAAAAAAGUACUGACAAAGAUAACGAGAAAUCUAAUUCUAAUUCGGUGUUAAUGUAUGCACAACUUCACAACAAGUUGUAUGGUUCUCUUGUCUUGUUAGGGACAUUUUUCAUAUUUUAUUAAUUAGCAAGUUGUUUUAGUAAGUUAAGGAUCUCUUUAUUUACUUUAUAGUGAUUUUUUUAUAGAUGUUGUUUUCUCUAUUUAAUUUUUGUUGACGUGAGGUGUGAGCUAGGAUAUAUACCAUAUAUGUUAUUGUUGUAUAUUUAUGGUGUAAAGUUCAAUAAUAUAUUGAGAAAGAACAAGAGUUCAAGAAAUAAUUUCAUA